UCGCGCUGCCCGCGCUCCGCUCCGCGUCGCCAGCGGGCGCCCAUGGCAGGGCGGGCCGCGCCGCAAAGUUUCUGUCUGAGAAAUACGAGUUCGCUCAGCAAAACAAAAACAACUUUUAAAGGUUGUUCUCUGUGGAAAUCACUCCGUGCCCCAUUACCUGCUUGAGUGAAACCAGACUAAGAACCUCUGUCAUGGCAGCUUUUCUGCUGGGAGCCGUGUUGCUUAUUGUUCAACCUCAUAUAGUGCCUUCCAGACCAGCUGUAAAUUCAAAGGCUGAGACGUCUUCUCAGUCUGUUCCAAGAGAGUUUUUAAAGAAAACAUCUCAAAAAAAUGACUUCAAGGAAAGCAUUCAUUCUAAUGGAUCGUGCCAGCAGCUGCCACAGACUAUUAUUAUUGGAGUGAGGAAAGGGGGAACGAGAGCUUUGCUAGAGAUGCUGAGCCUCCAUCCAGAUAUCGCGGCAGCAGAAAGUGAAGUUCACUUCUUUGACUGGGAAGACCAUUAUGGAAACGGAUUGCAGUGGUAUAUUAAUCAAAUGCCCUUCUCUUUCCCCCACCAGAUCACCGUGGAAAAAACUCCAGCAUAUUUCACAUCACCGAAAGUGCCUGAAAGAGUUUAUAACAUGAACCAAUCAAUGAGGUUACUCCUGAUUUUAAGAGACCCAAGCGAGAGAGUGCUCUCAGAUUACACCCAAGUGUUCUAUAAUCACAUGCAGAAGCACAAGCCGUACCCAUCCAUUGAACAAUUCCUCAUUAAAGAUGGUGAACUCAAUGUGGACUACAAGGCAAUAAACAGAAGCCUCUAUUACAUUCACAUGCGAAACUGGUUGAAGUAUUUUCCUCUUGAUCGCAUCCACAUUGUAGAUGGGGAUAAACUAAUCAAAGAUCCCUUUCCAGAAAUAGAGAAAGUAGAGCGAUUUUUGAAGUUGUCACCACAGAUAAAUGCUUCAAACUUUUAUUUCAAUAAAACUAAAGGCUUCUAUUGCCUAAGGGACAGUGGUAGGGAACGCUGUUUACAUGAGUCAAAAGGACGAGCUCACCCACAGGUAGAUACCCGGUUACUUGAGAAACUGCAUGCGUAUUUCCAUGAACCCAACAAGAAAUUUUUUGAGCUUGUGGGCAGAACAUUUGACUGGCACUCAUUUGUGGCAAGUUAGUGGUAAGCUUCAGAACCUAUGUUCCAGUGUACAUUUAGAAAUUCUGAAAAGGGCAUUUAAGCUAUAAUUUAUUUGUAAAAUCCAUAAAUACUUCUGUACAGUAUUAGAUUCACAAUUGCCAUAUAUACUAGUUAUAUUUUUCUACUUGUUAAAUUUGAAAGCAUUUUGUAUUGUUUUUCAUGGUUGUUAACAUUGUGUAUUAUGUGUCUAUAUGAAGAAACUAAAAUAUUUCACUGCAGAAGAUACUCUCUUGAGAAUGUGUUGUCUUUUUAAGAAAUAAGAGAUUCCUUUCGACAGAACCUUUCAGAAUUAUCUGAAUAUUUUGGUCUUUCUGGACUAUUCAGGACUUUUCCCUUUAAUUGAUAAGGAAUAUACCAAACUUUACAUUUCCCUUUCUCUUGCUUUAAAACAUGUUGCUUAAUAAUUUAUUUUUAUUUGAAAAUGUUCUUGUGGUUAGCAAAAUAUUCCAUCCUGCUUUACAAAAUUAUUUCUUGAUAAAGUGGUACUUCUGAUACAUGCUGGAACAUGCACAUCCAAGGGACAACGAAAUGCUCUGUAAUAAGACAUAUUAACUGCUGCACUUACCUUCAUAUUUAAUGUUAUAGCAAGUGCUUCAGGAAUUCUUUGGAAGUACAUUGCUAGUUUCAUGGCAGAUUUCUAAGAUUCUGUGGGGACCAGCUCAUAAAAUCUACAAUUGGCUGCGGAAAUGCAGCCAACCUGAAACAGUCUCAGAAUGUAUGUAUACUUCUUAAGGGAAGAGAGAGAGUUGAGAGAGGAAAAAAAAAAGCAAUAUGGGGACGCUUUAAGGGUUGCUUAUGACUGUUUCUAAAUUUUAUAGCAUAUAUUUAUGCUGUGCCACCACUGAAAACCAAUACAUACAUCAGAAAAAUUGCCUGCUUUAAACUUUAGUUCAUUCUUACAUAUAUUAAUACUUGUAUCCAGUUUAAGACUGUUUCAAUGAAAUACUAAUGAAAGCCACCCAUGGAUUACUGCUGUUUCCAAGAUCAAUGAUGUUGAAUUUUGAUUGGAUUCCAGCUUUGUUUGUUGUGGAAUUAACCCCAAUUCCAUGAAUUGUUAUGGUCCUCCAUCUACUAGAAAUGGAAGUUAGUCACUAGUGUAUUCCAACUGUAAAAACUGUAGCUCCUUGUCUAGGGUAGGAGUUCCAAUGUUCUGAUGGCCACCAAUUUCCAGAGCUAGAGCUAAUCCUUUGUCCAGACAAGGCUUAGUAGAGUACUGCCAUUAUGAAUUCCUGAUUUUCA